AUGCCCGCAUGUUCCGCACCGGAUACUCUUCUGAGUCGUGAGGAAUUUGAUGGACGCCAUUCUCGUAACCGCUCGCCAUCGUCAGGAAGCAAGAUGUCGUCAGACAAAACUCAAUAUCAUACUCACCUAACACUCAAGAGGUUCAUAGAAGUUCAACAGAAUCGAGAUUUUCUUCAACAAGAAUUUGAACAAGCAAUCGAGUCCAGUUUAUCACCUACCGUCCCUGAUCUUGAGCAAGCAGAUCAUUCUCUGAAUGAUAAAGAUGAAGAUCGAACACAUGAAAUCCUAGCAGGGGAACCUCCACAAAUCUCGGCAUGUAGACGUACACACGUAGAAACUGAGCAUGAUAAAGAGGAAUAUCUGCAGCAGGUCAUGGCAAUCUGUACCACGGGCUUCUUGGAGAUCAAAUCCGAAGUUAACCUUUUGGCUAAGCUAUUGAGAGAAGAUCUAGGUGUAGCUGCGCUUGCAGACCUGGUUGAAAAGGUACAAAAUCUAGCGGAACGAAAAUGCCUGCAAAGGAGUCUCCUGCAGAGGAAGGCAACCCUCGAACAACGCGAUUAUGGAGAAGAGAUCUCCAAACACGAAGAGAAGAUCGCCGAACUUUCUACGUUGACCCUGGAGACCAUGGAAGAAGUCAAAGCAGAGAUGAUCGAUCGGGCUUCGGAUGCAGCUUAA